CUCACAAUCAUAUUCCACUUCUUUCACAGAUCAAAUUAGGAUCGAUUAGUGUUCUGUUGAUGACUCUCCUUUUUGGGAGUGGAAACUUCUUAACAAUGGAGAGAGGGUUCUUUGCAGACCGUGCAAAUGUCACUGAGUAUUGUGCUAUGCCUCAAAAGUGCAAUAUUUAUGGCUUCAGUGACUGGUACAAAGUGGGCAAGGUCUGUGUCAAAUACUUCAACAGGCCUCGCAACUUCACUGACGCUGAGUUUGAUUGUAGAGCCAGAGCCCCUGGUGCACACCUGGUGUCGGUGCAUAGUAAACAGAAUAAUGAUUACUUGCUCUGCAUUGUGAAAAAAUUCCAACCAAACAAACUGCGCAUCUGGCUUGGAGCUUUUGAACUUUUUAAGUCUGGUCAGUUUCUUUGGCUUGAUGGAUCCUUCUGGAAUUAUCAAAUUUGGACACGCGGUGAACCCAACCAUAUGUACACUAGCACAGAGGAAUGUGUGGAGAUGAACUGGAAAGAGAUUGGCAAAUGGAAUGACGCUUCUUGUAAUGUCAAGAAAAGAUACAUAUGUGCCUUCCGAGUAAACGACAUCUUGAAACCAGGCUCUGAGAAGGAGGAGUAGUUUUAUCUGGCUAUUGUAAAACUUUCUGAAUAAAAUGAUUUUCUCUGCAUCAACAAAAAACCCUUACAAUAAAAAUGAAUAAAAUAUAAAAUAAUUCUUUAAAAUCUCAAAAAAUCUUUAAAAUGCUAAAUAAAAAAAUGU